AUGACAAGGAAAAAUCAUGUGAAAAGCAUAACAACAAUGUACAUUGUAAUAUUUCUGUAACAUGUAUAUUCAUAAACAUUACUCUAUGCGUUUUUACAACAGCUAUUGUUUGCUUAGAGAAGAAAUUCGCCGCUGUUGUUGUGGUUAACAUUCAGCACACAACGGCUUUUUAACUCGGUCACCGGGUUCAAGUAUGGACCCAAAACACAAAAAACUGCUCCGAACACAGCGGCUUUUUCUGUCCGAGGAGCUUUUAGUGGACGAUUUAAUCAUUCAGUAUUUAUAUCAAGAGGAGAUACUGACGGAGAGCCAUUUAGAGGAGAUUCAGUCUGAGUCGUCAAGCAGAAAUAAAACGUUAAAGCUGCUGGAUAUUUUACCGAGCCGCGGAGCGACAGCCUUCCAUCACUUCAUAAAGUCACUGGAGAAAGACUUUCCCUGGAUCAGAGACAAACUGCUGCAACUAAACGAGGAAGAAGAGUCUCCUCCUCCGCCCUUCACAGUUCAGUGUGGUGUUCCUGACCACAUCCUUCUGACCGUACCAACCACCCUGCAUCUGAAUCAGCUGGCAUCCCGUCUGGGCUCAGAGUGGAAGUCUGUGCUGCUGGAUCUGGGCCUGUCCUGUGCGGAUCUGUACCGGUGCUGCUCUGACCACCCGCUUGCUGUUCAGAGUCAGGUGCUCGCUGGGCUGGUGAUGUGGACGCAGAGGAACGGAAGAGGGGCCACGGUGCAGCGGCUGAUCCAGAGCCUGCAGGCUGCAGAUGUCCCGCCAUCUGUGCUCCAACAGGUGUUUAAGUGACACCAUGAGGCAUGUUUUCAACUACACAAUACCACUGUUAAAAACAUAUCAUAUAACAUUAAGGAAGACUUUAAUAUUUGAGUGCAUAUGAAAUUGAUCAUGUUAUAGUGCUUAAUGCACAUGUUUUUUUUAUUUAAAUUAUAAUAAAGGCUUUUUCAAAUAGGCUUCCAAAA